UACUUACCUGCUGGAAUUGGGGACGUGUAGUCGUAUUAUUGCGAAUUCAUUUAAAAAUUGCAAGUGUUCUAGUUUUGUGUUUAUCAAGUAUAUCAAAUAUCUACAAUACAAUGGCAUCUCCGCGGACACGUCGUAAAUUAAAUAUGAUUAGAACUCAGGAUGAAAAUCAUAAGUGCUUCGAGUGCGGUUCUCUAAAUCCGCAAUGGGUAUCCGUAACCUACGGUAUUUGGAUAUGCCUUGAAUGUUCAGGCAUACAUCGCAGCCUUGGAGUGCACUUGUCUUUUGUUCGUUCAGUCACUAUGGACAAAUGGAAAGACAUAGAACUGGAAAAAAUGAUGGUUGGAGGCAACUUAAAGGCUCGUACAUUCUUUGAAAGCCAACCUGAAUACAAACCUGAAAUGAAAAUUCAGCAGAAGUACAACACUAAAGCUGCUUCAAUGUAUCGGCAAAAGAUAACAGCUCUUGCAGAGGGUCGUGACUGGAGUCCCUCUGAUUACAAACCAGAGGUAGCAGAGAAGCCGACCGACUGGAGUCAGUCACAGACUUUCUAUUCAUCUGGUGACAAUGUAUUUCAUACCAGCGGUUCUGAUAACAACAUCAGUUAUCAUAGUGAAUAUGGAAGUGGACGUUAUACUGGAUUUGGUAACACACCAAGGCAAUCACACUCUACUCCUAUGUCCCCGAUAAACAGCGGCAAUGACAUGGUUGAUAAUACUCUUUCUUCACUUGCUUCUGGUUGGUCACUCUUCACUUCAUCUGUUACUAAAGCAGCCCGUACAGCUACUGAGAGUGCCGUGCGCUAUGGAGGAAUAGCUACACAGAAAGUGACUGAAAUGGCCUCUAAUGUAACCGAUAAGGUAAACAAUCGUGGUGGUUGGACUUCUUUGAGUGGAACAAGCGAGUUGCGCCGAGCGAGCAACUCGAGUGCCAAUUUCCAGGCUCCUGGGUACGGAGCUAUGAAGAACUCUACUUCUGAGCCGUACUCAAAAUGGAAUGAGCAAGUUCAGCCAGCCAUCGUGCACUCGGUUGCGGCUCGCAACAAUUUGGAUUCUCGUGACCUUUCACAAGUCGGAGUGUCGAGCCCCCCUCCCGACAUCAAGAACAUCACCAUCAAGAAGAAACUCGAUGAUGAUUCCUGGGACUGGCUCAACAAUUAAGAUCACUUUUCAACAUUCUUCGACAUGGCGUUACGUGACACAUACUGCUGUGCAAUUACUGAUAUAAAUCAAUGAUAUUCUCUAUAUAGGAAAUGUAUUUCCUUUGAUAAUCUAUUUUGUGGUACAAAAAAAAAUAUUCCAAGAGUUAUAAUCAAAUAAUUUUACCAAGUCGAUAUAUACCAUAUAUUUUACAAUUGGAUAUAAAAAUCGUUAUCGUUAAUAAUUUUGCAAUCGUAAUGUCGCUUUUUAGCCUAAUUAUUUAAUUACAAACGAUAUUUAACAUCUGUAAUUAAAUUCAACUAAUACUACAUUCUAGAACAAUUUUUGCGUUGUAAUUUUAGGCAUAAUAAACGUAUUUUUAACAAAUAUUUUAAUACAUUAUUUGAAGAUGUGGAUUUGUGUUUCUUACAGUAAAAUAUUUCGUUAAUGUAAUUUAUAAUAUCAAAUAUAAAUAUAUAGUAUUAGCAGAGAUGGGGUGAGGCUAUAUGGAAGUAGAAAAGCGCAUUCUAAUAAAAAAUAUAUAAUUCGUGCCGAUCAAUUUGAAACAAUAGUAUUUAUUAAAUUACUACAUACGCUUAUAAAACUGUAUUUAAUAACUUUUAUAUUUCUAUUUUUUGUAUAUAUAUAUGUAUACUUUGUAAUGAUGUUAAUGAUAUAAUAUAUAUUUUAUUAAAUUUAUGCUAAGAUUCCAGUCCCUUUCUAUUGCUAAAAGCCUACUUUGAAGUAUAUUUUGAUACAAAAAUGAAAGAGGUGCAGUUUUAUAUUCUAAUUAUAAUAAAUUUUACAUUGAAUUGACUGAUUCAAUUGUGUUUUACCGUGCGAUAAGCUUGAGGUAUUUUUUAAAAAGCUGUGCGUAUUUAUUGUUGCUCUUAUGUAUUGAUUGUGUUGCGAAAGUUUUUACGACUGUUUUAUUAGUAUUUAGUAGAUAGGCUGAUUUUAAAAUUUUAAAUAUAUGAAUGAAAUAUGAUGCUACAAGAAUUAAAAAAUAUAUAUAAGUAUAUUUAUAUGCUUACUUUUAGUACCGUUCGAUAUCUGCCCUCCAUUGAAUUUCUUUAAAUAAAAUAU